AUGGCGACUCUUAUAUAUUGUUACUUAUUUACUCUCUUUAUAAGUGUUUCUAUAGAAAAUGUAUUAAAAUCUCAUCAAGAAUUUGAUUUUGUGGCCAUCUUUGAUUCUUUUCAAUAUCAGAUAGACUAUCUGAAAGCUGACAAGCAGGACAUGGAGUUAAAUAUCGCCAUGUUGGUUGAAGAGCGAGGUUUGGUCAGCAACAAGUUUAAAACUUUAGAAAAGAAAAUAGAAGCUUGUGAAUCGAGAAUGUCCAAAAUGGCGAUCCAAGUUGCUGAAAACGCCGAGGAAUUGUCCGCCAUUACUCACAGACUGGAUGAACAGGAUCAAACGCUCUUAGAAAUCACAGGAAACAUAUCUCAGUUGAAGAAAUCCCUCGUUUCUCCUCUGAAAAUCAAGAUUAUUGAAGGACGACUGAAUAAGUUAGAAAGUCUACAAUCUUCAUCGGAACAGGAUAUAAAAAACACCAUCGAAUAUUUUGAGCUGACGUUCUCAAAUUUAACUCAUCAUAUGGAUUACUUGAACAAUCAAACUCUGGAUUUAGAGAAAAAGAUCGAAACGUUCAGCACAAAUGGUAGCCCUCCUCUGAGACAGACGACAAAAGUUUCAUACGUUUGGCUGAACAAGAGUCAGAACAUUGACGAUAUCUCUCUCCAAGAAUUAUUGUCGUCUGCUAAAGAACUUCCCGGACAGCAAGUUGAAUAUGAAUCUGUUGAAAAGGAUUUAGAAUGGAUACAGAUGGAGUUAUCGUCCCUGAAACUGAAACAAUGGGCUCUCCAAUCUCAGAUGCUUCAGUGUAAUUGUACUUCUGGUACUGGGUCUCCCAAUUCUACCAGCUCAUGGAAUAACUCCAGCUUUACACCCAAGGGAGUUUAUUUAUUAAUUUGA